AUGGCCCGCCGCAAACGGUUUCUUGAAGACGACUCGAGCGACGACUCCGAAAUUGAUGACGAAUAUUCAGAUCCUAACGAGGACCCAGAUGAACGCGCGGAAAGACUACUUCACCAAGAUCCUUACCAACGGGGCAAGCGCCGAAGAAGGGGGAGAGGCAAAGAAAGUGCUACGUAUGGCGUGUUUGGGGAGAGUGAGGACGAGGAUCCCAAGGCCGGAAAACGAGCAGACAUAACCAAAGCCCCAGCAUUUGUUUCAAGCAAACCGACUGUACUCGAAACUGAGGCUAUACCAGACAUUCCAGUGGCUGUUGCAAAAGCUGGUUCGUCCGACGACGACGACGACGACGACGGAGACGAUGAUGGCGGGGAAGACGCUGAAGACGCCUCGGAAUCAGACUCAGCCUCUGACUCUUCGGACCCCAUCAGGCCAGCUUCACCUCACCUUCACACGCGCGAGCCGUCUGAUGAGCCGGCAGACAAACCCGUUGGGCUAGGAGGGGGUGGACAAGCCGCAUUCCGUGCAAUGUUUGCUCAGUCUGGCGAGCCAUCCAGUUCAUCUAGUCUUGGUGGGAUAGGUGCUCGCGGCGGGAUUGGUGCCAAGGGAGGCAUUGGUGCACGCGGUGGAAUUGGUUCUGGCGGUACCGGUGCCUCUACUCCCGCCGAAGACGAAGCCCCCCGGUCUCAGAGAUCUUUUGUCCGCACCGAGGCACCACCACCAGUUCAGCGUGCUGAGCUCACUGGUACUGAAAAGCAACACUUUGCUAAGAUCUCUGGUGGAUUCGGUGCACGUAUGUUGGCCUCCAUGGGCUGGGAGGCCGGUACAGGUCUUGGUGCCAAUCGGCAGGGUAUUAUCACCCCCAUAGAAUCUAAACUAAGACCUCAGAAGGCUGGUAUCGCUUACAAAGGGUUUUCAGAGAAGACGGAUCAGAGUAAAAGGGAGGCUAAGAGAAAGGCUAAGAUGGAGGGCAAAGCUGUUUCAUCUGAUGAAGAUGAACCGUCGAUGGGCAAAAAGAAGAAAUCCAAAGCCAAGUUUGGAGACGACCACAGGGAAGGUGCCGAAAAACCUGCAUGGAAGAGGCCCAAAAAGAGCAAAAUUCGUGUCGAACACAAGACGUAUGAGGAAAUUGUGCGCGAUGCAGGUGUGGACACAGCAACAGCGGGAGUUGGCCAGAUCAUCGACGCGACGGGCGCCGUGCUUCGUGAAGUGGGCUCCAUAACAGAGAUUUCCGGCUGGGCACCCACCUCAGACACAACCCGCCUGCUUGAAAUCAGGCACAACAUCCGCAUGAUUGUAGACCUUGCCAAAGGUGAUCUCGACGGCCUUGCACGAGAAGGCCGAGCUAUAAACGAACGAAAGAAAUGGGUCGACAACGAAGAGAAGCGUUUGAGAGGCAAAGUCUCGGAAGAAGCUGAUUUAAUCGCCCGCCUGCAAAGAGUGCAUUUGGUCGUCGAUGAAAUCUCUGCUAAAGCAAAAGCUAUAUCUCAAGAACCAGAACCCGGCUCGAAACUCGAGGAAUUCACACCUUACUUUGAUCAACUCCUCAUGGAAUAUUCGGGCGAGUACGAAAGGUAUAGGCUGGACGAAAUAGUUGUUGCGUCCAUCGCGCCAGCGCUUCGCCGUGUAAUGGCAGAGUGGGAUCCGCUUCGUGAUCCCACCGCGUUCACGGACAUAUUCAGGAGGUGGAAAAAAGCAUUUAGAUUAAAGCAGCCAUCUGAGUCCACCGCAUUGAUCACUGGCGACUUGAUGGCAUCAACCACCGGAGUCUCUAACCAAACGCAAAUGACACCCUACGAGAGUCUUUUGUGGACAGUGUGGUUACCUCGCGUCCGCUCGAGUAUCAAUAACAUGUGGUCUGCGACCGAGCCCGACUCUGCCCUGGCACUAUUCGAUGGCUGGCGAGACUUGCUCCCACCGUUCAUACAUGACAACGUGCUGGAUCAGCUCAUUAUACCCAAAAUACAAAAAGCUGUCUCUGAAUGGAACCCCAAGAACGCAGCCCAGUCUCUGCAAGCGAUCGUGUUUCCCUGGCUGUCGCAUGUUGGGCUAAGGAUGGAAGACCUUGUGGGGGAUGCAAAACGAAAAGUACGCUCGAGUCUUCGCGGGUGGAAGGUUGGAGAUGGUCUUCCGAAAGAUUUAAUUCCAUGGAAAGAUAUUUUUGGGACCAAGGACUGGGAUAACGUACUCCUCAAAUAUAUCGUACCCAAACUCAGUUCUACCCUUCGCGAAGAUUUCGCUGUCAACCCACGUUCCCAGGACCUGGGACCUCUGCACGCUGUACUGGAGUGGGCAGGCAUUAUACGCGAUUCAAUCAUUGCACGCGUGCUCGAAGCUGAAUUCUUCGGGAAAUGGCUAUCGACGCUACACGUGUGGUUGACUUCAAAGAAACCUAAUUUUGACGAGAUUGUGGAAUGGUAUCAAUUCUGGAAAAAGAAGGUUUUCCCCGAGCACCUGCUAGAACACUCGUCCGUUGCGAGCGGAUUUGAGCGUGGGCUGCAGCUCAUGAAUUCUGCAAUGGCGCUCGGGCCCAAUGCCGCCGCCAAAUUACCCAAACCCGAUCUGACGAGGGACCCCCUCACACCUGGAACGACAGUUGGUGGCAAAAGCAAAGUCGCAAAUGGUACUGUGCGGCCACAGCCUUCGCAUACUGCGGACGUGUCUUUCAGGACCAUUGUUGAUGAAUUUGCUGCGGCUCACAACCUACUCCUGAUGCCAACGCAAAGGACCCACGAGCGCUCCAGAAUGCCGCUCUAUCGUGUCUCUAACAACGCGAGCGGAAAAGGCGGAAUAUUGGUUUAUCUAUUGGAUGAUGUGGUUUGGACUGGAGAGGCAGACGACUGGAAGCCCGUGUCACUGGAGGAAAUGGUCCUGAGAGCAACGAAAAAACAAUAG